CAACGACAUGAGCCUGCGACCUGUCCGUGCUCGCGAGCGAGACAAGGGAAAGAGCCAGGGCGCGCCGCUGUCGUCCGACACACAAAAGCUGCUACAGAAGAUGAUGGCCAAGUCGCGCUUGACGCCCGCCCAGAAGCGCAAGCUCAACACAUCGUUACAGACGACUGGCACGCUGCCCAAGGAUCUGCACGGGAGCGGCAAGGUGGUGCGCAAGCCGACACGCAUCUCGAGGGAGAUCAAGGGGAGGGUGCCGCUGCCGGCGAGGCCGACCAUCCGGACGUCUGAGAGCAUCCUGGCCACCGAUCCGUAUGCUGUGGAUAAGUUUGUGCCAAAGCCGGCCAAGUACUCGUGUGAGGAGGAGAAAGCACGGCUGGCGGAUGUGUUUGAGGACGUUGGGCGGCCGGUGCACGAGAAAAAGUACGGCGCGCAGGGGCGCAAGAACGCAGCGACGCGGAAGCGGGCCGAGGCACGGGCGCGGGCGCGGGCGGCAGCGGCGGCACGGGCUCCUCCGCCGGAUCGCUUUGCUGAUGUGCUGGCCGAGAUCGAGGAGCGGAAGGCGUUCCUCGAGGAGAUGACUGCGCUGGGCGCGCGCAAGGACUACGAGGCCAUCAUCCACUUCCAGAUUGCACAGAAGAUCGAGGAGCUGAAAGAUAUCGAUGCCAAGCGGGCGGCGGCGGCCGAGGCCAAGUUUGGGAGCGGUUGGCUGUGAGCGGAGGGCACACGGGCAGCGGCGACCGAUGCCAAGCUUAGGACG